AUUUUCCUAAACCCUAAACCUGGAAGAUCCUGAAGUGAUUUUGAUGUCGAAAAAUAAAUGAGCCCCGAUCCUGAAGAACUGGUGGUUUGCGAGUGAGAAAUAAGAGCCUGCAGCUCCACGACGAGGGCCGGGACGUCCUCCCGGAUUGUGAAUCUUCAGGGUAGAAAGCAAGAACAACACCACAAAGAACUUCCAUAAGAUGAUGUCGGAUCUUCUUUCGCAGUCGGACGUCAGCCCGAUAAUGUCGGAUUUCCGCAGGUGUCGGCGGGACAAAAUCAAAAUCCCGAAACGGCCCACUUCCGUACAACUUCUGGCAGAGCAUGCCACGCCAAAUUUCGUAGUUCGCACUGCUACAGAUCGCAUGCUACGCGAAGCUUCGUUUGCCUUCGUCGUGCUUCGCAAUCCCGCCUUCCCCUACCCCAAGAGGGUGGCGUCGACGGAAGAGCUGUUAAGUGUGAUCAUGGAGAAUACCAAGCAGACUCACCCGUAUGGUUGCGUUUUGUCGGCUGUGGAGGGAGACCAGGUGCUCUGUUUCCAGGAAUCCUGGAAGAAACUGUAUGGCUUCACGGUGCAGGAGGAUCCGACGGGCCAAUCAAUCAAGGACGUGUGCUAUUGUGGCGCGCAACAAGCAAACGGCCCGCGUUGGGACAACGGCCUGAGUGAGCUGCUGGCAAAUCCGGCGGGCGAUGACUGGGACGGCGUUCCCGUCUUCAUCAAGGAGACCGGGGAGACCAUCUAUGUCCGCCGAGCUCUUUCCUGCGUUGUUGGAGAGCAGGGUUUGCCGGGAGAACGACCGGUCAACAUUAAAAAACAGUGGCACCUACAAGCGCUCGGCGAUGAUGGGUCAACCCUGCUGUUUCGGAAUCAGCGCGUGUUGCCUCGGCGGCACCGGAAUUUUGCGGAGGGUGCGCAAUUGGCGAUUACAAUUUCGGUCCUGACCGCACGAGACCCCUUCGGCAGGCAGCCGCUGACGUUCUUGCUCGAGCCGCACCCUUGGACGAUCGCGAUUACUAGUCCACAAAACUACUACGACGAGGAGGUACUGUAUCCCGAAUCCCUUGUCUGCAAUGCCGAUUGGCAUAAUGCGGUUAUGUUAGAUACUCGCGACCAACUCGACGAACAAGACCUCUUGAUGUUUUUGCACACGUUGCAACCACAUACCAACCUCGACGAAGAUGUCCCAACAGCGCCACCACCACCCUCACCCAUCUCCUCCUCAUCUUCGGCAGAAGUGCAUCUUCAGGGCAGCAGGAGCAAUCAGUUUCGAUCCUUUCCUACCACGCCCUCAUCUCAUGAUCAGCUCCUCUGUUCGUCUUCAACAUCCCGUACGAGUACGAGGAAUUCUUCUGCUAAGAACAUCACGAGGGGGGGGGGGAAAAAUGACAACCCCUUCCGCAGAAUCAGGGAAAAAUUGCGGAAGAUACGACAACAUUUCGCGAACGACGGAGACGGGACGAUGUUCGGAGUGUGCCUUGCUUUUCACCUGCAGUUCACUCGCGGCUAG